AUGGGCUUCAUACGAAACUUGGUGUUUAGCCUUGGUCUCCCAGGGGCCUUGUCGCAAGCCUUUCUUACAUCUUCCGAUAACGAGGAAGUGGCAUCGAUCGAAUUCCCAGAUUCUCUUUCAGCAGCCUGCGCUGCUCCUCUCCAGAAGACACUUCAAUGCAAUUCCACUCUUGCCAGUGUUGCCAUGAAUGGAUAUUUUCCAAGUGAACAGGAUUUGAGCAACCUAUGCACAAGCAAUUGUCUAAGCUCCCUUCAGGACCUUCGAAGUCAACAGAUACAAGGGUGCACUGCCGAGGAUAUCAUCACAACUGGAGGGCAGGCCUUCCCACCUACAUUGACUCUCGAUCAACUUAUCUUCACUUACAACUAUACCUGUAUCAAGGACGAAUCAUCCAAGUUCUGCGCACCACAAAUUGAAUACUGGCUGGAUUUUUCCACGGGAAUGACAGCAUCACAGAAUUGUUCAACUUGCUUUCUCGGUACUUUGCAAAUACAGCUUGGCUCUUAUUUUGGGUAUGACGACGAACUAGAUGAGGAAUUCUCUUCUCUAACAUCGAGUUGCUCGAAAACCAAAUACUCAGUCACCUCACCACCGGUGUACACUGUUGUUCAUCCAGCGACAGCCAGUAUCUCUAUUGCAUCAACUGUCUCUUCGGUUUCCUCUUCGGCCAUCCCAACCGUUAAUUGUGCUGAGGAUUACACCAUCCAAGCAGGUGAUACAUGCUAUUCAAUCAGCACAAAAUUCAACUCGUCUACACAUGCGCUGCAUUAUGGAAAUGAUCUUCCGGCUUAUUGUGUUAGCUUUCCUUCUCCAGGCACUUCGCUCUGCAUACCUGAAACAUGUGGUAUUUACACAGUGCAGUGGGGCGACACAUGCUACAGCAUUAUGGUUGCAUAUGAUUAUGCCUUCACUGUGACUCAGCUCAUUUCUUGGAAUCCUAAUCUCAACCGGGGGUGCAGCAAUAUAAACCAGUUGGUAGGUUCUCAAAUUUGUCUCAGCUCCGAGAAAGGAGCUGCACCCACCAUUUCCUCAUCGACUGCAAUUACCACUGCGCCCAUCCCUACAGAUCUUGCCAAUGGGACAAACACUCGGUGUGCCAAGUAUCACCAAGUGGCUACCAACGAGACAUGCAGCUCAGUGACAAUGAAGAUGGAAGUUAACUCAACAAACUGCAACAACUUAAUACCGGGAGAAUCAUACUGUGUGAAGGCUGUUGGGGAUAUCAGCACUUAUUCCGGCUAUGGGGGUACCAGUCAGACUAAGUGCAUUCACAAAGGCACCAUUGCCAGGUCGUGUUUGGCAACCACCACUUUGCCGACUGACACCUACUGGGAAUUUCCUUCGCCUAUGAAUGCGACCAGUACGUCCGCGAGCGUGUCCGCCUAUUCCACUCUGCCUGUUGCAUCUUUUGUUCAGUACGAGCAAUAUGACAACCCGGGACCCAACAGAUCAAAUACCAUGAACACAUGUGACUACAUUGCCCACUUUAUCGGGAUCACAGUUGAUGAGCUGCUGCUGCUGAACCCUUCCCUCUCACAUAACGACUCCAAUCCCAGCGCUUGCUUUUUGCAGAAGGGCUACCGCUACUGUGUCAGACAAUUAAAGAGCACUGCCUCGGUCACUACAUCUUCCCUGACUUCUACCAGUGGUGCAAUGGUGUGA